UAUGUGUAAUCUAUUGGAAGGGCAAAAUAUAUUUUAUGCUGGUGAUAAACGGAAUCAGAACAGGGAUAAAUAUAGUCACUACAAUAAUAAGUUGGAUACAACCCAGGAGGCAAAGUCAGCGAAUAACAGUGUCCGCUGUAGAAAGGAGGCAGACCCCGUCAGCACCUUUGGCAGAGGAAGCGCUCGAGGAAGAGGCCUAUAUCCUAGGUUACAUACCGAAAGUGUGCCAGAUAGGGGCCAAAAGGAGGAGAUGUUACAUAAACGUGAGCUUAAAUGGGAAGAAAACGCGGGCACUAUUUGA